AUGGAACUUAACCAAUUACGAUGUGAAGUUGAUGAUGUCCGUGAUUCUGCAAUCAGCCUGAUGACUAAAAGUGAUCGCUACAACAAAAUGGUGGAACCUGAGUUAAGCCACCUCAACCAGAGAUGGGAAGAAAUUACAGAGAAACUUAAGGAAAAACAAGCUUUACACCAGCAAUAUGAUCCUGUAGAAGUUUCAAUGGCACCAGUCUUAAACACAGCAACAUUCACCAAAGAUAGUCACUGCAUAUCAUCAUAUAAAAGCCAAGAUUCUUUUGAAGAUCACUGUGAAAGAAUUAAGUGUUUAUUGGAUGUUUUUGACAGCAAUAUUGUUAAUCAGGGACAUUUAUGCAUUGAAGAUUUUGCUGAAAAAACAGAAAUAAAGAUUAAGGAAAUUGAUGAAGAACUCAAUAAGUUACAACCAGAAAUCAUUUCCCUUCUUCUACAGGGAGAUAAUUUAGUACUGGAAAUCAUUGAUGACAAAGAACGUGUUAGCAAAAUAAAACAAUUAACAGAUAAUCUGCGGAUGCAGUGGAAUCGCCUAAAAAUAAAUGCUGAAUCCAGAAAGAGAAAGCUUUCCAGUAAUGUACCGUUAUGGUUCCAGUUUCGACACAGGGUUGAGGAAUUCCAUAUUGCGCUUGAUGGCUUAGAGCUUGUCUUGAAGGAUUAUAUCCAGAAAGAGGCAGUUGAAGAAGAGUUAAAACGAAGACAAAGAGAUGUGGAUAGUUUGAAUAAAAUUGGUGGAGAGCUAAAGGACAAGGAAGCUUUGGAACUUGUUGAACCUGAAUUGCUGAAAUUGAACAAGCGAUGGCAUGAUAUCCGUUCACAGAGUCUGCUGUACCGCCAUCCUAUAGACUCAACUGCUGUAGUUGCAGCAACAUCAUCAGAGAGUCUGAUCUCCAGGACUACAGCAUCUGUGGUUUCCAGUGGUAUUUCGAAAAGUGCUACAGGUGUUAAAACUCCUUCCCAAUAUAUUGAUGAGGUGAAGGGGGUACUUACUGAUAUUUUGAAGGUUCAACAACUAUUACAUUCCCAGGAACUCACAGGAAGAGAUUUUGAGGAUUUUUCGAAACAAGAGGAUAAGCUAAAGUGUGUCAAGGAAUCACUGGACAGUGUGGAGCAGUCUGUUAAUGAAGUAUUGGCUUUAAAAGAAGGUACUAUCCAGCGGAGUCAUGAAGAUGAUGCCAAGAAUAUUGUCACCAUAACAGAUCAUUUACAAGUUCAAUGGCAGAGUCUUAAUGAUGCCUAUUGCAAAAGAUACAAGCGGUGGAGCAAGGCUGUUGAACAGUGGCGCCAGUUCCACUGUGACUUGAAGGAUAUUAUGUCAUGGCUAAAUGAAGCUGAGAAAAAACUAGCCACAGUUAAGCAGCUUCCAACCACAGAUGGACUGACAUAUGAGGAACUGGAAAUUGGUAUCCGUUCUCAUCAAGGUACUGUAAAUAGUAUGAAUGCAGCUGGCAAUGAAAUCAUUCGCCAAUCAGCAGCACCAGAUUCUCAUUUAUUGAGAGAAAAGCUGGAUGCUCUCAAUCAUCGAUGGAAGUGUUUGUGUGGCGAUGUCCUCGAUAGGCCAGACAAGUUUGAUGAUGAGAGUGUGAAAACUAGUGAAUUUACAGAUGACAUGGAUGAGCUAUUUUUAUGGGUUGAUGAGACAGAAAACUUUCUGAGCAUUCCACUAGAACAAGGAGAAGAAAAGUUGGAAGAAUCAUUGGAAAAAUUCAAGGAGAGAGAAGAUGAGCUUUCCACUCUACAACAGAGGUUGAAAGCCCUCAAUCGUAAUGCACAACAGAUGAUAAUGCAAGAAACUUUGUCUAACCAGGACAAAGAAAACAUGAGUAAAGAUCUUGAUAACUUAAACAGUCGGUGGAAAAAGUUGGAAACCAAAAUUCCUGAACAUGUGAAAUUUAUUGAAGAUAAACUUUGCUCAUUACGACAAUUUUUGGAUGAACUUGAUGAACUUCAGCAAUGGUUGAGCACAACAAAAUCAGUCUUGGAAACACAAGGCCCAAUUUCUUCCAUUCCUUCAGCCAAUGAUCAUGAUUCUCUCGUCCUUGAUGCCCAUACUAUGCAAAAAGCUCUGAGUACUCGACAGCCCAAGAUAGACAGCAUCAACCAAAAGUAUGGCCAUAUGGUUAAAGAAAACCACAAGCAAAGCAUCAGUAUGACUGACACUAUUCAAGGUAGAGUUGUUCAACUGAACAAUGAUUGGGAACACAUCCAGAUUAUGGCUUCCAGUAUGAAACCAGCAACAGAUUCAACCAUGGAAGUUCUAAAAAAAGUUAAAGUGGCUCAUGAGAUGCAACAGCAGGGACAGCUUCAGUCCCCGCCUGUUUCAACUCACUGGUCAAAUUACGAUAAAUCAGUGGCUGAUAUUCUUGGAUGGCUGGCAGUCCAAGAUCAUUUACAAAAAGCAAAUAAAGCUUCAGUUGGGAAUAUUUCUGAUAUUGAACAGUUGAUUGUUAAACAAAAGAAUAUUUUGCAAAACAUGGAAAACAGGCAACAGGAAUUGGAAGAUAUUCUUAAAAAUGCAGAAGUGUUGCAACAGGAAGCGAGUUCAGCUGAAGACAAGAAAAGCAUUAAAGAAAAAGCUGAUGAAGUUAUACAUCAGUGGAAUAGUACAAAGGCUAACAUCUCCUCCCGCAAGAACCAAUUGGAGGAUAUGUUACUUGAAUGUCGGCAAUUUGAUGAAUCCUAUUCAGCUUUCAACCGGUGGCUCCAGCAGAUUGAAGAAGAAAUGAAAUCCAAGUCCCAUAACUCUCAAGAUCUUACGAAAUCACUGUCAGAUCAUAAGAUUCUUCAAGAUGAGGUUGACCAAAGGAAAUCUUCAGCAGAAAAUGUCAAGCAAUUGGCUGGGAAAUUAAUUGAUGAAUACAAUGAGGAGGACACUCAAUAUAUGCGUGACUUAUUGGCAAAAGUUAUUAAACGAUGGUCCAGCUUAACAACCAAGUUGACUAAGAAAUGGCAAACGCUUCAGGCCAAUCGCAAUUCUCUGCAGCAAUUGCAUCAUGCAUUAGACAACUACCUCAGCUGGAUGGCAAGUGUUGAAAACAGUUUUUGUCGCCUGGCUGAUGAGACUAGCAAGGAAGAAGUGUUGGACAAUGAAGAUCUUUGUCAAGAAUACUUAGAACAGUUUAGGCAGAAACUGAGAAAACUUUCUCCUCCCCUUCAUCUAUGUUAUCGUCUCUUUCUUGUUUUCAAUGUCCUUCUCUCUUUUCCUGUCUUACUCAUUCUCUUUUAG